AUGGCGGCGCCGCCGUCCGCCGGAGCUGGCGGCGGAGGCGGCGUGGGGGAGGGCUCCUCCUCCUCCCCUGCCGCCGCUGCCGCGGCGAUCGGGCCCGUGCACGUGGUCGACGAAGAGGCAAUGUGGCAGAUGAAUCUAGGAGAAGCCAUGGAAGCUGGGCCAUACCCAGAGCGUAUUGGAGAACCAGAUUGUAGUUAUUACAUGAGGACUGGCUUGUGCAGGUUUGGGAUGACCUGUAAAUUUAAUCACCCAGCAGAUCGUAAGAUGGCUGUUGCUGCUGCAAGAAUGAAGGGUGAAUAUCCUCAAAGAAUUGGUCAACCUGAAUGUCAAUAUUAUUUGAAGACUGGAGCAUGCAAAUUUGGAGCAACAUGCAAGUUUCACCAUCCCAGGGAAAAAGCUGCAAUGGCAACACGAGUACAGCUGAAUGCUUUAGGCUACCCAUUACGGCCGAAUGAGAAGGAGUGCGCUUAUUAUUUAAGAACAGGGCAGUGUAAAUUUGGGAGCACAUGCAAGUUUCAUCAUCCACAGCCAUCUAAUACAAUGGUUGCUGUACGUGGCUCUGUUUAUUCACCUGGACAGUCAGUUACUUCUCCUGGUCAGCACACUUACCCAGGGGCUGUAACAAACUGGCCCUUGUCAAGAUCUGCCUCGUUUAUUGCAAGUCCAAGGUGGCCAGGCCAUUCAAGCUAUGCGCAAGUGAUUGUUCCUCCAGGGCUUGUUCAAGUUCCAGGGUGGAAUCCUUAUGCAGCACAAAUUGGUUCUUCAUCCUCAGAUGAUCAACAGAGGACAGCUGGAGGUGCACAGUACUAUACAAGCUCACGUCACAGUGAAACACCUACCAUGGGUGAUCAGGGAAUGUUUUCAUCAUACCAAGCUGGCUCUGUUCCUCUUGGACUAUAUACAGUACAGAGGGAGAGCAUAUUUCCAGAGCGACCUGACCAACCUGAAUGCCAGUUUUAUAUGAAGACUGGGGACUGUAAGUUUGGUGCUGUAUGCAAGUUCCAUCAUCCCAAGGAGAGAAUAGUCCCUACUCCAAACUGUGCACUGAGCUCAUUAGGUCUUCCAUUGCGUCCGGGAGAGCCCAUAUGCACAUUCUAUUCUCGCUAUGGCAUCUGCAAGUUUGGUCCUAAUUGCAAAUUCGAUCAUCCAAUGGGAACCGUGAUGUAUGGUCUUGCCACCUCACCGACUGGUGAUAUGUCUACUGCCCGACGUAUGCUGGCACCCGUACCAGCACAUUCAGAAGUAUCGCCUGACAGUGUCUCAGGAAGGUCUCGGAGGAUUACCCAUUCAGAUUCCCAGCAACUACCCUCUGGUGAAAGAAGCACCGAGAGAGAGGCAUCCUAAGCCAUCCUCGGUGUAACAUUUAUGCCGCUUCCUGUUCUUGACUCUUUGAGUAAAUUAUCCGCAACAAAAAUUUGAGGAGCCGAAGCUGUACAGGUCUUGCCCUUUUGCCUCACCUUUGAGCUUUACAUACCGGAGAGCUUGCUUCAAGACUUCAACAUGUAUCGCAUUCAGGCAGGAAAAAGUUCUUGCUUGUUCGGGAUGCUCUUUUGCCCCGUGUAAACGGGACAACCAAACCUUAUUUAAAAACAUAUAUAUGGAACAAACUCACCUCUGGACAUUCGAUUCUAUUCGAGUGAUGUGCCUUGAUCCCUUUGUUGUAGCUAUAUACAGGUGCCUUGCAAUGGACAAAGCUUUCUCCAAAUUGACUUGACUGGGGGAUAUAUACGCAAUCACUCAUCUCUCUGUUCCUUCAUUUGUUUUGCUUUCCAUAUUUUUUUAGCAGUUUUCUUAUGGGCAACCCCGCGUCUGAAAUUGUGCAUGUUGAGGAUGCGGAAAUAAUAGGCUGCCGUCUUAAUAAUUGUAAAAUAACCCUGUCAUUUGUUCCCCAUAAGAGAGCGGUUCACCUUGGUGGUGCCGGCUUAGUUGGUCA